AUGGGGUCCGCGGCGUCGACCGACAGGGCCGAGCGGCGGAGGCGGGACCGGGCGCCGGGGCACAGCGGGGCCUCCGAUCCCCCGGUGGAUGUGAGCAGAAAGGGGUGUAAGGUGGCGCCAGAGCCCAAGGAUGGGGAAGAGACGGCGCCGCUGCCGGGCUCUCCCAGCUUCCGGAUCUACUGCCAGAAGGCGGCCCGGGUCGACGCUCUGGUGGCAGAGGAAGCCGAUGAAAACGCGGACGACGACGGGUUUGCCAGUGCCGAGGACACUACUAUGGCGGUCAGGAAGGACGAUCCUCCACACUGCUCCGGCGACGCCCUACUCCUUGCAGACACUACUCUGGCGGUCAGGAAGAACGAUCCUCCACACUGCUCCGGCGACGCCCUACUCCUUGCAGACACUACUCUGGCGGUCAGGAAGAACGAUCCUCCACAAUGCUCCGGCGAGUUGCCCAAAUGUAAGGAUGGGUGGCUGAAGUUCAGAGGCCAGACGGUCGUCGGCGCGCUGCACAGCUUUAUCGUCUGUCACAGCAAGAGAACUUCAGCUCCUCCUCCUCCUCAUCCUCCUGCUGCGAAACCUCCCCACCGUCCCGGUGCUGCUUCACAAUCUGUUGCUGCAGAGCCCUAUCUCUGACCAGGCAGUGCAUGUGUGCUUCACGUUUUAUGUGUCAUCAUGUAAAAUGUGGAUGAUUCAGUCACCUCCUAUGAUGCUUUGCGGCGUUAAUUUUCUGUA